AUGCACGUGGCUGCUGAGCGCGAGGACGCCCUCAAGGACCUGGCGGAGUUCCAGCUGGCGGCGACGCUGUACAACGCGAUGCUCGAGAACAACUGCAGCGAGCACGCGUCACGCAUGAGCGCCAUGGAGAACUCCACCAAGAGCGCCGGGGAGAUGCUCACCAAGCUCACGCUCAAGUACAACCGCGACCGCCAGGCCAACAUCACCACGUCCCUGGUGGAGAUCAUUUCGGGGGCGGCGGCGCUCGUGGACGAGUGA